AUGGAGCGCGUCUUCUCCGACCUCGACGCGCGGCUCCAGGGCCGGCUCCAGGAGUGCGCGUUCAAGCUCGGCAACUGGAGCUUCGAGGCGUCGCAGUACCCGCUCGUCUUCGGCACCGAGGACGCGGCCGAGGUGAAGCGCAUCGUCGCCGACUACGGCAUGGACCAGGUCUGGUACACGGACCCGGCCACGGAGCGGCGCGUGCUCGUCGUGGACGGGAAGACGCCGGGCGCCGUGCGGCACCCGGAGACGGGCGCGUGGUGCCUCACGGACCACAUCGACGUCGACAGCGGUUUGAUCUGGGCGAGGUUCCUCAACUUCUACGGCGCGGGCUUCUUCCCGCUGGCGGUCGUGCGCGCGGCGUUCUUCCUUUUCCUCUACGGUCUCAUGCGGCGGAACUUCUGGUACGCGAACUCGCUGCACGACACGUUGGACAUGACGCUCCCGCUCGAGGACCGCGUGGCCAUCAACGACGCCGUCUUCCGCCACGCGUCCUUCUUCCAGUGGGAGAGCGGCGACGUGCUCAUCUGCGACAACAUCAAGAUGGGCCACGCGCGCCUCGCGUUCGAGCGGCCGCGGACGGUGCUCACGGCCAUGGUCGGGCUCUACGACGCGCAGGCGGGGCGCGACAAGUGCGCGCCCAAGCUUUGCCGUGGGGCAGCCCGCCGCGGCGACGAGCCCCUUCUCAUGUCGACCUUCGGGGACCUGUUCUUCAACAGCGUCGUGCUCGGCGGGCGCGGGCGGCGCGACGCGCCCGACGACGCGAGCUCCAGCGACGGCUGCGGCGGCGACGACGACGUCGAGCUGUCGCUGGCCGACGACGACGCGUCCGACGGGUGCGGCGCGGGCGGCGAGGAACCCGCGGCGCCGGACCCGCGCGCGACCUUCCGCGACGAGCUCCUCGCGCGGCCCGCGCGGCCGCCGGCGGGCGGCGGCGCCGGCUUCUGGGCCCACUUUGCGGAUGUCUACGACCUGGCGACGUCGCUCGCGGCCGACGCGGGCGCCGCGCGGCGCGCGGCGCGCGACGCCCGGGCCGACGCGUUCAAGGCGGCGAACGCGCUGGCCGUCGGCGAGCGCGGCGGCCGCGUCGGCCUUCCGAACGCGCUCGAGAAAAAAACGUGCCGCGGCGCGAUGCUCGAGGCGGACCUGCGGCUGGAGCAGGAGGCGCACCUCGCGACGCGCCAGCUCCUCGCGCGGAGCACGGCGGAGCUCGGGCGGCUCCGGGACUCGCAGGCCCUCGCGCUCGUCGAGGCCGCGAAGGCGUCGGCGAAGAUCUCCGCCGCCGAGCGCGCGCGCGACGCGGCGCUGAGCCGCGCGAGCGACGCCGAGGAGGCCGCGCGCUUCUCCGCGUCCGAGGCCUUCGAGAAGCUCUGCGCCGACGCCUACGCGCUCGGCGGCUCGAGCGACCGCGACGACGACGACCGCAAGGUCGGCCAGCUCUGCGAGCUCCUGCCCCGCGCGCUCAAGGAGACGCGCCGCGGCGAGGACGUCGACGACCUCGGCGUCUGCGUCGUCUGCCUCACGGAACCCCGCAACGUCGCGCUCUUCGACUGCGGCCACAUCGCGGUCUGCAGCGACUGCGUCGAGUCCAUCAACAACGUCUGCCCCCUCUGCCGCCAGCAGGCCUUCGAGUACCGGCGCGUGUUCCUAAGCUGA